CAACAAUCACACAAAGUUAAUGCACUAUGAACUCUAUUACUGAGAAUAUGACCACGGAAUACGGGGUCAACUGCACAGUCAGCGCUGGCGAGGAUGUGAUCCAAACCCUUAUAGAACAGUCAGGGUGUGCUUUGAAAGUAACCACAGUUGCUGGACGCGGUAAAGGACUUGUAGCUACCUCUAAGAUUGAAGAAGGAACGGUUAUUGCAUGUGAAUCACCCCUGUUAUGCAUGCAAAAUAAUAUAAGAGAUAUUGUCACAUGUGCGUGUUGCUGUGCAACCGUUGGUAGUAUCAUGCAGCAGAUCGAUGUGGCAGCGAGAGUGCUGCAGCCAGUGGAUAUGGAUAUGGAUGCCGAGGACGACUGGAAACUACCCACUCUGCCAAGCGAAACGUGA